AUGGAAGAAAGUGUUGGAAAGGAGAAAACCCUACCACCUGGAUUUCGAUUUCAUCCUACAGACGAAGAACUCAUCACUUGCUAUCUCAUAAACAAGAUAUCAGAUUCUAGUUUUACAGGAAGAGCAAUUACUGAUAUAGACCUCAAUAAAUUUGAACCAUGGGACCUUCCAGGAAAAGCAAAGAUGGGAGAAAAGGAAUGGUACUUUUUCAGUAUGAGAGAUCGUAAAUACCCAACAGGUGUAAGAACCAACCGAGCAACUAACACUGGAUACUGGAAAACCACAGGAAAAGAUAGAGAAAUUUUCAACAGUGUUACGUCAGAGUUAGUUGGUAUGAAGAAAACUUUGGUUUUCUACAAAGGUAGAGCUCCUAGAGGAGAGAAAAGCAGUUGGGUUAUACAUGAAUAUCGUGUUCACUCUCAAUCCACCUUCACAACAAACAAGGAGGAAGGAUGGAUAGUUUGUAGGGUAUUCAAGAAGAGUGGAAGUGGGAAAAAGUAUCCUAGUAAUAAUUCAAACCCUACAAAAGCAGGAGUGAAUCUUUAUAGCAUGCAAGAAAUAGGUCAUAAUCAUAUGAUGCUGGGAGAUUUUUCAGCUUCUCAUCAUAAUUUCCUUUACGGAUGGAAUCAUAAUUAUAAUAGUACUGCUGCACCAACAGUGCAAUAUUCUCAGUUGAACUAUCCUGCAAAUAUGUUGUCAGCAACAACAGGAGGAGGAGAUGGAGGAUUCAGCAUUUCGGGGCUUAAUUUGAAUCUUGGAAAUGGAGUAACUAUUGCUGAUCAUGUGAACUCAGUAAACAUGAAUAUGAUGAAUGCAUGCAAUAAUAUUAACUUUGUUGGUGCAGAUCAGAAUAUUAAUAAUGUUGUAGGUUAUGGGGUUGGUAUGGAACAUUGCACGGAUCUUGACACUUACUGGCCUUAUUCCUACUGA